AUGUUGUAUUGCAUUGAAUGUGUUUCAGCCCGAUGGAUAAAACGGCCCGUGUUAGAAUCAGUCAUUGAGAGGUCUGACAUCUAUCAGUGCGAGUAUGGUGCGUCCCAAGCGUUUUCCCAGCACGCUCCAGAGCAGCACGCUGUUCUUCAUGCAAGGUUGCGGAGAAUUUGUCUCUCUGUAAAGAGCUCUCCUCGCUUUGCGUCUAAAGUCUUCAAUGCCUGCCAGUUGACUUUUGUUGCCAGCUUUGAUUCGCGUGCAAUGCGCCUUUCGAAAUCCAGAUAA